AUGGCGACGAGCGUGCUAUUGGGAUUGCUCGGCGAGGCUCCUUCCCCGUGGAAGGCGCAGCAGCUGCUUCUGCCGCUGUGCGCGGCGGUCCUCGCCGUCGUCGCGUGGUGCGCCGCGCGCGCGGCGGAGUGGGCGUGGCUGAGGCCGCGGCGCCUGGAACGGGCGCUGCGGGCGCAGGGCAUCCGUGGCACGGCGUACCGCCCGCUGGCCGGCGACGCGCCGCUGUCCGACCGGCUCGCCCGCGAGGCCAGGUCCAGGCCGCCGCUGCCGCCGGGGUGCCAUGCCAUCGUGCCCAGGGCCAUGCCGCUCGUCCACCACGCCAUGAACGAGCACGGCAAGAACUCGGUGACCUGGUUCGGGCCGACGCCGAGGGUGAUCAUCACGGAGCCGGAGCUGGUGCGCCAGGUGCUGUCCAACAAGUUUGGCCACUUCGAGAAGCGCAUGCUGCCGGCCUUCGCAUCGUGCUGCGCCGACAUGGUGAGCAGAUGGGAGGGUUUGGUGGUCGCGGCCGACGGCGAGCCAUGCGAGGUGGACGUCUGGCCGGAGAUGAAGAGGCUGACCGGGGACGUCAUCUCCCGCGUCGCCUUCGGCAGCAGCUACCUGCAAGGCAGGAGGAUCUUCGAGCUCCAGGAGGAGCAGGUGCACCUCGCCAUGCUCGUCGCCAACAAGAUACACAUCCCUGGUUACAUGAUGCUGCCUACAAGGGUGAACCGGCGGAUGAAGCGGAUCGCGGCGGAGAUUGAAGGGAUCCUGAGAGGGAUGAUCGCGACGAGGGAGAGCUCGCUGAGAGCAGGAAAGGCGACGAGCGAAGACCUUCUCGGCCUUCUCCUGGAGUCCAACAUGGAGCAGUUCAGGGGCGAAGGCGAAGGUGGGACGACGAGCUCCGGAGGCAGCGGCAUGUCGACCGACGACGUCAUUGGGGAGUGCAAGCUGUUCUACUUCGCCGGCAUGGAGACCACGUCGGUGCUGCUCACGUGGACCAUGCUGGUGCUCUCCAUGCACCAGGAGUGGCAGGACCGUGCCAGGGAGGAGGUGCUCCGCGUCUUCGGCGGCGCCUGCACAGUGCCGGACUACGACGGCCUCAGCCGACUCAAAAUCGUGACCAUGGUGCUGUACGAGGUGCUGCGGCUCUACGCGCCGCUGCCGGCGUUGCACCGGCGGACGUACAAGCCCAUGGAGCUCGGGGGCGUCAGGUACCCGGCAGGCGUGAUGCUGAUGCUGCCGCUGCUGAGCAUCCACCACGACAAGGACGCGUGGGGGGCGGACGCCGACGAGUUCAGGCCGGAGAGGUUCGCGGAGGGAAUCGCCAGGGCGUCGUCCGGCGGGGACGCGCCGCCGGCGUUCUUCCCGUUCGGCUGGGGACCUCGGACCUGCAUCGGCCAGACCUUCGCGCUGUUGGAGGCCAAGAUAGGGCUCGCCAUGAUCCUGGGGAGCUUCGCGUUCGAGCUCUCCCCGUCCUACUCGCACGCGCCGUUCCCCGUCGUCUUGCUCCAGCCAGAGCACGGCGCGCAGGUUUCUUUUGAUCAGGAAAAUUGCAUCAUUGAGGAAAAGAAGACAGGAAAAGAACUUGGAAUUGGCAUCAAGAAUGGUGGGCUAUGGUUCCUAGACCAAAAGAAAGAUGACAGGUUCUUGGACGCUGCACUAACAACAAGUAUGAAUGAUGACGAAGCUAAAGUGAUGCUCCAACAUUGUCGAUUAGGCCAUUUAUCAUUGAAUACUAUGGUAAAAGUGUUCCCAGAGAUGAUGAGGAAGGUAGACAGGAGAAAGCUUGUGUGUGAUGCAUGUGAAUAUGGAAAGCAUACGAGAUUGACAUAUUCUGUGGAGCAGCAAGUUGAGCAACCACAAUUGGUGGAGCAACAACAUUCUUCAGCUGGUGAUGUUGAAAUUGGUGAUGAUGAGGUUGAGCAGUCUAUUGAAACAGGGGAGAAGAAGUCGACCUUUCCAUUGGUUUACCUAUUUCUCUAA